AUGGGCCACUCUUCUGUUUGGAUCUUUCUGCUGUCCCUCUCUCUCUCCCAUCAAAGUGUCACAGCACAAGCUGAAGCAUGCAGGACGGUGGUGCAGGCAGACAUAGUGUUUCUGGUGGAUGAGUCAUGGAGUGUGGGCCAGACCAGCUUCUCCAGUGUUAAAGACUUCAUCUCAGCCAUGGUCUCUUCCUUCCAAAACAGUGUGGUGGGAAAUGAAGGGGUUCGCUUUGGAGUCACUGUCUUUGGGGAUGUGUCAAGGAUGCGGAUUGCUUUGACAGACUACAGCUCACUGGAUGAGGUGCUCAGAGCCAUCAGAGACAUUCGCUAUGAAGGUGGAUCCAAGAGGAUUGGCAAUGCCCUCCAUUUUCUGGUCAAUCCUGUUUUCAGCCCUGUCAUCAGUCGAGACUUUGCCCCAAAGAUUGCUGUUUUGAUCACAAAUGGACGUUCAGACGACCAGGUGGAUGCCGCAGCCAAAGCUGUAGCUGACAAUGGGAUUUCUCUCUUUGCAGUAGGUGUCAGGGGAGCUGACGAAUCAGAGCUGAGGAGGAUUGUGUCAGAGCCAUAUGAGGAGCAUCUAUUGAUGGGUGCUGACUUCACUCUCCUGGAAACCAUCCUCCCCAAAUUGUCCCGCAGAGUGUGUUUUACUGCCUCUGAACCACCACGGCCUGUGAAAACCUCCCAGCCUGUUGAACAGCGUGUGGUGGGUCCCAGAGACUUGCAGGUCAGUGAGUUGGCCCACAAUUCCCUCAGACUGACAUGGAGCCAGGCCACAGGUGAUGUCACUGGAUAUCGACUCCUGGUCGCCCCUCUCAGCUCCAAAGGACAUCAGAGACCCCUACAGCAGAGACAGAUUGAUCUGAAGGCAGAUGUGAGCACAGCGGUAGUGACAGAGCUGAGUCCUAAAACAGACUAUUCCCUCACUAUCUAUGCCGUCUACCCAAGCCUCAUUGGAGACUCUGCGACAAUCACUGUCAAGACAACCCCUCUACCCCAGGUGUCAAACUUCCGUGUUAUUGAGGAGGGUCUGUUCUCUCUGCGUCUGGGCUGGACCCCUCCUUUAGGAAAGCUCAAUGGAUUCAAGAUCUUCAUCCCAAGAUCCAACCGACCAGGCUUUACUUAUGAGCAGCUGCUUCCUGGAGACACUUCUUCUCAUGUGAUUGACAGCCUGGAGGAGGAUAAGAAGUACACCAUCAGUAUUUAUGCUGUUUACCCCGAGGGACCAAAUGAGCCGGUUUCAAUAGUGGGCAAGACGUUAAAACUGGUACCGGUUCACCAGUUUCUGGUCCAGAACGCCACUACAGACACUCUCCAGGCGAGGUGGUCAUCAGUUAAGGGUGCUACAGGAUACCGCCUGACAUGGGCAUCCCCAGAUGGCCACAUAGAAAACAUAAACCUCGGGGACAACUAUAAUUUCUACAUGAUCCAGGGCCUCCACCUAGGCUCAGAAUACACUGUCACAAUUAACCCCAUUUUCGGAGACAUCGAGGGGCCCAUCACGACCACCAACUUCAAGACAUUGGAAAGCAGUGCUGUACAAACUCUGAAGGUAUCUGCUGUGAGCACCAACACUGCUGUCAUCUCAUGGAACAGUGUCCCAGGGGCCACAGGAUACAGACUUGCCUGGGGACCCACCCCAGAGUUUGUUGGUCGAGACCGUCCCAGGCAGUUGGCUCUGAAUGGCAGCACCACAGAGUACCAGAUGAAGAAUGUAGCCCAUGAUACUGAGUACGUCCUGACUCUCUAUGUGCUGUUUGGAUCCGUGGUUGGGCCUGGUAUCACUGCUACCUUCCGAACUUCUCCAUUGGGCUAUGUGUCCAACUUCAAGGUGACAUCCUACACCAGUACCUCCAUAGAUGUGGAGUGGAGUCCCAUCGUUGGAGCAACUGAGUACAAACUCUCCUGGAACACAGAUGAUAGCCCCCAGUCCCGUUACCUGGACCGCAAUGUUCUUUUCCAUCGCUUCGAACACCUGAACCCACAGUCAACCUACACUAUCACCAUCUGUGCAGUAUACGGCAACUCAGAGGGACCAGAAAUCUCUUUAUCUCAGCUCACAGCUACUGCCUCAGACUCAGAACCAAUCCAGGCAGUGAGGGAGGUGAAGGUUGUGGACAUUGGAGUCAAAUCCUUCACCCUGUCCUGGAGGAAAACACCAGGGGCAACCGGUUACAAAAUCUCCUGGACCCCUUUCCUGGGUGGUGACGAGAAGUCCCACGUGGUUCCUGCUGCUACCACCACAUUUGCUAUUAAGAAUCUGCGUGAGAGCUCAGCUUACAAGAUCCAGGUGUCCUCCAUGGUGGGCAACAGGGAAGGAAGCCCUGCCCUGGUCACUGUACGCACCUUGGAUCUUCCCAAAGUGAAUGGCUUUGCUGCUCUGAACACUACAGACAGCAGCACUGUUCUGAACUGGACUCGUGUUGCAGGCGUCUCUGGAUAUGGUCUUUCCUGGAGGCACAUCUCGGUGUUGGACACUAAAACAGAGACUCUGGGCCCUGGUUUCUCCUCCUAUAAGAUCAAUGAUCUUCUCUAUGGAAGAACGUAUAUUUUCACCAUCAGGCCUUUGUAUGGAGAAGUGGAGGGGCCAAUAAGCACUGUGUACCAGAGAAUACUGGGACAGGAUUCUCCAGUGGUAAAAGUCCAUACUGUGCAAGCCACAGUGGCCCCCCAUUCCCCUCGUAUCACGACUGCAUCACAGACUGUCUCCAUUACCAACACUUCCAUCGCUCACAAAGCCACCAGGACCACCCGGCACCCCAUUGCUGUGCCGCCCCCUAAAACCACUAAAAAGCCUCCAGGUCAGCCAAGUGUCACUAAAGCUGAAACUGCAGCAGUCACCUCCCUGCGAUUAACCACGUUCAGCACAGAGACAACAGCUCCACCAAGACCAGUGUGUGGUAAGGCCAAAGCAGACAUAGUAUUCUUAGUGGAUGAGUCCUCGAGCAUUGGUGCUAACAACUUUAACAAGAUGAAGGACUUUAUAUUCCGAGUGACCACCUACUUCCCUACCAUUGGUCCUAAGGACACACAGAUAGCCGUGGUUCAUUACAGCGAUGAGCCUCGAAUUGAAUUCCGUCUGAAUGACUACAAAGACAGAAACUCUGUGCUUAGGGCGCUCAGAGGCCUACGCUAUGUGGGGGGAAACACCAAGACAGGAAAAGGCAUCAGUUACGUCUUACAGGAACUGUUUCAGGAGUCUCUGGGGAUGAGACAAGAUAUGUCCCAUGUUCUGGUCCUGAUUACAGAUGGCAGGGCACAGGAUAAUGUGCUGCCACCCUCCAGAAUUGCACGUGCAUUGGGUGUCAGUGUCCUGGCAGUUGGAGUUUCUAAUGCAGACAUGGAGGAGCUGAAUAAAAUAGCAGCUCCCACCACGUACAAGAAUAUCUUCUACUCACCGACCUUUGAUGACUUUCCAUCUAUAGAGAGAGAAUUUAUCAACAGUAUCUGUAGUGAAGAACUCCUCUCAGAGUACAAACUACAUGAUGAGGUUGUUCAGCUGGACACCCCGACUGAAGACCCAGAGGAGCUGCUUAAGCCUCAGGGUCCCUGCUCUUCCCAGUGUGGGAAGGGUCAGAAAGGAGAAAAGGGAGAUGGUUUUGGCGUUGGAGGUCUGAGAUUUAGGCAAAGCCCUGGACAGUUUGACCCUUUCACUUCUUCCAAAGGAGAGAAGGGAGAGCGGGGACCUCCUGGAACAGAUGGUGUUCCUGGGUUGCCUGGACGACCAGGGAGAACUGGACCCACUGGUUCUGCUGGGCAGCGGGGCCCUCCAGGCAUCGCAGGUGACAUGGGUCUCCCUGGACUCACUGGUCCAAAGGGCCAAAGAGGAGAGAGAGGAGAGCCUGGAUAUGUUAUAGCAGGCACAGAUGCAAAUUUCGUCCCUGGACGAAAAGGAGAACCAGGGUCUUCAGGUCCCCAGGGACCAGCUGGUGUACAUGGGGUCAAUGGAGCUCCAGGCCUACCUGGUCAGCAAGGUCCAUCAGGAUCACCAGGAAUAUCUGUGAAGGGAGAUCAUGGUGAACCGGGAGCAAAAGGUUUACGUGGGAAGCAGGGUUUGAAAGGGGACAAAGGAGAGUCUGGACAAGAUGGCAUUGCAGGUUUGCCUGGUCCCAUAGGCAUUGAUGGGGUGCCAGGAUUACCAGGUCAGAAAGGAGACAAGGGUGAAGAAGGAAUCGGGAUACAAGGUAUUCAAGGUCCUCGUGGAGCGUUGGGAGAGAAGGGAGAUAUGGGUUUCACAGGACUAGUCGGCCCAAAGGGUGAGCAAGGAGAACAGGGCAUCCAAGGAGUCAUCGGUCCUCGGGGAAAGAAGGGAUUCAAAGGGGAACAAGGGGACAAGGGAGAACGAGGAGAAAUUGGACCUAUAGGACAACACGGAUCCACAGGGGUGAUGGGGCCAAUGGGGUUAAAAGGAGAUGAAGGUCCAAGAGGAGUCCCUGGAGAUCCUGCCAAGGGUAUUAUUGGCCCAACUGGAAAAAAGGGUGCCAGGGGAGAUGUUGGUCCAGUCGGUCGUACGGGUCCACAAGGAAUAAAGGGUGAACAAGGAUCCAAAGGAGACAAGGGCAGUCCUGGUUUUGGGAUUCCAGGGCAGCGAGGACCAAAGGGAGAAAAUGGCGAAAGGGGAAAUGUUGGUUUGUCUGGAAAACCAGGACCAAAGGGGCAGGAUGGCUUUAAAGGUGACAAAGGGAGUAUUGGUUUACCCGGCAAUGCUGGAGAACCAGGAUUAAGAGGUAAAGAUGGUGCAACAGGAACUAAAGGAGACCAAGGGAUAAAGGGUGAACUAGGAUCACCUGGAGAACCUGGUGACAGAGGAAUUAGGGGUCCACUAGGUUUGCCGGGACGAAUAGGGGACCCUGGAGAGAAAGGAGAUACUGGGAAUACUGGCUUGUCUGGACCUGAUGGAAAGAAAGGCGAUAAAGGAGAGACAGGAAAACCUGGACCUCCGGGAGAGCAAAUUGUUGCAGACAACAACAUACUGACCAGAGUCAUUAGGGGUGAACCAGGAGAGCCAGGUCAGCCUGGUUUGAGAGGAGAAACAGGUCUGCCUGGACCAAGAGGUCCAGAAGGUAAACCAGGAUUACCGGGGCCAUCUCUGGGUGGUUCUGGAAUAAAUGGACUUGAUGGGUUACCAGGGAAACCAGGAGUAAAGGGUGAAGAAGGACAAAAGGGAAAGAUUGGUUUGACGGGAGACAAAGGAGAUCAAGGCCGCGUUGGGAUUGCAGGAAUGCCUGGUUUACCGGGAACUCCAGGGAGACCUGGUGUUGAUGGGAAGAGAGGACUUCAAGGAAAAGAUGGAGAAAGAGGACAAAACGGAGAUGACGGCAAGAAGGGGGAUAAGGGAGAUGCGGGUGCAAAUGGUAAAGAUGGUAGUAAGGGGGAACCAGGACCUCCAGGUUUGCCUGGUCGGCAAGUGCUUGUCACUACAGAGAGCGCAACUAUUGACGAAAUUCGUGAAGCAUUUCCAAUGCCAAUGGGUCCUCCAGGAGCUACUGGUGCACCAGGAAUGAAGGGUGAUAAAGGAGAAAGAGGCCUCCAAGGAGAGACGGGAGAAACCGGAGCCUCUGGAAAAUCUAUUGAUAUGAAGGACAUUGAAGAGAUGUUUGAAGCCUACGGCAUCAGGCUGCCUUUGCUGAAGGCUCUGAUUGACAGGCUGCUACAGGAUGGAAUAGAGGAAGUGCUUCAUGUGCUCGGCACCUCCAAAAAAACAAAGGAAAACACUGAAACUCACACAUCCAACAUCAUCACUAAGUAUACAGAUUCAGUGAAGUUUGACCUUUCCAAACAGCCCCUGUCAGACCUGGACACCAUUAAGGACCCUGAGUUAGACGGACAGCUUUCAGAAUCGUUAAAAGUUGACCCUUUGAAUGAAACUGCAGAGGGUCCCACAUUACGGAGAGUCACCACACUGAACAGAGAGCAGAAGUCUGGCAGGAAUGAGGCCAAGCUGAAGGCAUCUGAAGGGAAGGAGAUUGUAGACGGGGACGGCAGCGAAACAUCUUCACUCAAAAUGAAUGUGACUGUACUCAACUCUACUUUCAAUUAUACAUCAACCCAGGAGACGGUUUCAGGGUUACCAGAAACUGUGGUGGAGACUGUUGUCCUCACUCAGGAAGACGCUCUGAAGAAAAAUUCAGGACAAAAGAAAAAGAACAGGGAACGUGGGAAGGGCAAAGGAAAUAAAGGACGACAUAAGAGGCAGAGACAACGCCUGACAACGGAAGAGGACGAGCAAGAGGAAGAUAAUGAAGAGGAGUUUUAUAAUGGCGAAGAAUACAGUUAUGAGUAUGAGGAGGAACAAUCAACAUCGCACAAUCCCGUCCAAUCAGAAGCGUUGGCGGAGAUCUCCAGUCAUCCUCUGACGUCCCUCUCAGCCGGAGAAAUAAAUUCACAGGAUGAAGUGUCACUGCCUAUACCUCCCACCACCACAAAAGAAGGAGCAGACCAGUAUUUGUCUUCUGGAGCUCAAGGUUACAACAGCUGGAAUAAGAAAAAGCAAGAAAACCCUGACCUUCAAACAAAUACCAACAGUGGGAGGCAACAGCAGAGAGGGAGACAGCGAUACAGUGAUAUAGAAAGAGAGAUUGAUCCAGGAAUGCAGGGUGGAGAAGUGGAACAGGGUCAAAUUGAAGAAGUAGAGAGGAGGGAAGUGGAGAAAGAGGAAGGGGUAAAACCAGAUGGAUUUAAAGAAUCAGGCCCUGAUCCAGUUUAUGACGAGGAGGAGAGGAGCGGAGACUAUGACUGGGAGACGGAGGAGGACGUAGAUCGAGAGAGGGAAGGGGAGGAGGAGGAACUGGAGAGGGAGAGAGAGAGGGAGGAGCUGGAGAGAGCGAAAAUGAAGAUGGAGGAACAGCAGGAGAGGGAGAGGACAGAGCAGGAGGGGGAAAGAGACUUGGAGAAGGAGAGGGAAGAAUGGGAGAGGAGAAGGGCAGAGAUGGAGAGGGGGCAGGGGGGGCAUUAUGAUGAAGAAACUGGGCGGCCAUACCCAUAUCCUCCAGAGUAUUUUUACCUCAAGGGACAACCAGGUGAGAAUGGAAAACAAGGACACAAGGGUGAAAUUGGCGAAAAAGGGCAAAAGGGAGAGCCAGGCACUGGUCACAGAGGGCCAGAAGGCCAGGCUGGUCCUCCAGGACAGAAGGGUGAACCAGGCGAUUCGGGGCCUCCAGGUGCUCAGGGCAUCCAGGGUAUCCGUGGCAACCCUGGCUUCCAGGGCAUCCCAGGAGUUAGGGGUCUCCAUGGUGACCCAGGAAAUCCAGGUAGAGAGGGAGAGAGGGGUAAACGAGGUAAAAACGGAUCACCAGGAUCUUCUGGACCUCGAGGAGUACUAGGACCUCAGGGUCCUGCUGGUGCGUCGGGAGUAAAAGGAGAAAAGGGUGACAGUAUUCCAGGAGAGCCUGGUGGCAGAGGGUUGUCUGGCUUCCCUGGGAGAAGAGGUGAUACAGGGACUCCAGGUGUUAAAGGAACUCCAGGAAAUAUUGGUCCGAAAGGCUUGCGUGGCAGCAAAGGUGAAAGGGGUGACCGUGGGUUAGCUGGAGUCAGAGGAGAACGGGGAAGUGUGCUUCAAAUGCAAGGGCCUCGUGGAUUUAAGGGUUCCAAAGGGGAUGGGGGUGAGCUAGGCCUACCGGGUUUUGAUGGAGAUAAAGGAGAAAAGGGUGAAGAUGGUCCCCCUGGAUUCAAGGGCAUUAAGGGUGAUGCCGGGACUAAGGGUGCGUUGGGACGAUUUGGAGCGCGAGGACCAGUAGGCCAGAAGGGCGAUCCAGGGGAGCCAGGACUCAAUGGAGUAAUGGGUCGCAACGGGGAUCAUGGAGUAGAUGGAGCCAAAGGGGAGAAAGGAGACAUAGGACUGGAAGGCCAGAAGGGCAAUCAGGGUGACUCAGGGGAGCAAGGCUUACCAGGAGACAAAGGGGAGAAGGGAGAGAAGGGAUUCAGAGGUUUACCAGGUCGCAUUGGGAGUCCAGGUCUGGAUGGAUAUAAGGGAGAUACGGGGUUAUCUGGAACCCCUGGCAUACCUGGACUCAAUGGACUCACAGGGCGCAAGGGUGACAAAGGAGAAGGAGGGACUAAUGGUGUUGAUGGAGGGCCAGGAGAGAAAGGGGAUAAGGGUACAGCAGGUUUCCCAGGUUUCCCGGGCUUCAAGGGGUCAGCAGGGAGUCUAGGAAGGGAUGGGGAUGAGGGACCACCGGGAUCCCUAGGGCCCCGUGGGAACACAGGACCAAAGGGAGACAGGGGCAGAAGAGGGAGACCGAAACCAUGUCAGAGGGGAGUACCUGGCACUCGUGGAAAAACAGGAGAGAAUGGUGCAUUGGGGAUUGAAGGAGCAAAGGGGGCUAAGGGAGAACCUGGACUCUCAGCUGACAAAGUGAAGGAGCUGGUCAACCAGGAGGUGGCAGAAAAAUGUGGGUUGGAGUACAAGUUAAUGGUAAAGUCCGAGGAUACAAAUGGAACAACCACGGUGACCAACGAUAAAAAUGAACCAGAAGAUGUAGUAACCUCCCUUUCUCAUGACAUCCAUGAGGAAGAGGUGGAAGAGGAAGGUGAAGAAGUGGAAGAGGAAAAAUAUGGAGCAAUGACCAGUCUUGCUCCUGUGAUCCUGGGAGAAAAAGGGAUCCCACCAAACCGCACUGACUCUCUUGAGGAAGGGACUAUGAAGUGGGGCCAUAGGAAAAAAAGAAAGGUUUUUGGAAAAAACACUGCAGUUUCAGGGACAGACCGCUGCCUGGAGCCCAUGUCAGAAGGGGCCUGCUCAGACUAUGUUCUGCUCUGGUACUUUCACCAUCACUCUGGGGAGUGCAGGCCAUUUGUGUACGGGGGCUGUGGAGGCAACCGAAACCAAUUCUCCUCAAGACAAGAGUGCCAGAGUUGGUGUAAGAUGGAGAAAAAAGGGGGUGUUAUGGGUCAGGCUGGGAGCCAGAUGAGGGGCCAACAGGGGCCCAGUGUGGGAGAUCACGCAGGGACUGUUUUAGAGGGCUCUCCAUCAGACCGACGCAGCAGUAGCAGGGGAUUCCUGCGUGGGUGUUGGUGUGGGGGCAGCACGCGCAGUGUGACAUGUGAAAACACACGACACAGCUCAGAUUCUCAAGUUGUCAUUGGUUGA